UUCCGGUGCUCCGACUUUCGCUGUUUUAUUUGAUACAGCGACGAAGUGCUAGCCUCCCGCUUGUUCUGCCUAUUUGUUCAACACGAGUUGAAUUUUAGCUUGUAGUAAGCUAUUAAAAAUCGCCAGAGAUGCCGCGGGUGUAUGUCGGCAAGCUUAGUUAUCAUGUUCGAGAGAAGGACAUUCAAAGAUUUUUCAGCGGAUAUGGAAAAUUACUCGAGAUCGACCUGAAAAACGGGUAUGGCUUUGUAGAAUUUGAGGACACCCGGGAUGCUGAUGAUGCUGUGUAUGAGCUGAAUGGGAAAGAGUUGUGUGGAGAACGAGUGAUCAUUGAACAUGCCCGGGGCCCAAGGAGAGAUGGAUACGGCUACGGAGGGCGCAGUAGUGGCUACAGCAGCAGAAGUCGCUCCGGCAGGGAGAAGUAUGGACCACCCGUACGCACCGAAUACCGCCUCAUUGUGGAGAACCUGUCAAGCAGGUGCAGCUGGCAGGACCUUAAGGAUUUCAUGCGGCAAGCAGGUGAGGUAACCUACGCUGAUGCUCAUAAGGAACGAACCAAUGAGGGUGUCAUUGAAUUCCGAUCCCGCUCUGAUAUGAAACGAGCCCUUGAAAAGCUGGAUGGCACUGACAUCAACGGACGGAAGAUCCGCCUGGUGGAGGACAAACCUCGGCGCCGUCGCUCUUAUUCUGGCAGCAGAUCCAGGUCUCGCAGCAGGCGUCGCUCUCGCAGCAGGAGCCGGAGAAGCAGGAGUUCCCGAAGUCGCUCAAGGUCUCGCUCUCGCUCUCGAUCUCGCAGCAAGCACCGAUCUCACUCCAAGUCGGGACGUAAGUCUCGCUCCAGAUCAAGGAGGAAGUCCCGCUCCAAAUCCGCAGAGAAGACUCGCUCUCGCACCCGCAAGUCACACAGUCGCUCCAAGAGCAACAAGUCUCGCUCCCGCUCAGACACCCGCAAGUCGCGCUCCAAGAGCAGAUCGAAAGUCAAAGCUGAGCGUGAAUCCCGAAGUCGCUCCAAGGAGAAAUCUGCCAGUAAGAAGUCUCAGAGCCGUUCUCCGUCCCGUUCAGAGAGUAGAAACGAGAAACAUGCCAAGUCUGCAUCUAAGUCUCCUCCUGGCGAGGGCCAUCGGCCCUCCAAGUCCCCAGCCAAGCACUCAGCCUCCCGCUCCCCCUCCCGCUCCAAGUCCCGCUCCAGAUCCAGAUCAGCUUCCCAAGAUUGACUGCUUCAGUGCGAGCGCAGUGAAGCAAAUGAGGGUUUGUGAAGAACAAUGGAUCUCAUACUGGGCCUGUGUUCAGAAACCUCUAACACUGGGUCAUGUGUUUGAGUUGUUUACAGAACAAAAAUGAUUUUUACUAAGAAGUAUUUGGAAGAUAAUAACUCUGUAUCUUAUUGCGCUGAGAUUUCAGUUUUUUUUUUAAGAAUUUCCUCUCCAGGAAUAUUUUAAGUUCUUAGCAUUAAUACUGAUAAGCUGUAAAUUAUCACAAGGAACGUAAGAGAGGAGCUUAGAAGUUGUCACUCUGAGUGACUGAGGCUGUCAGGUAUUAAGUCUCAUAAACUGUAAAUUCUACAUUGCAGUUCAGCAACUUAUGAUAGGGAAGCUGCUGCUUCAUGUUUCUUUUGGUAGUAUAACAUUAAUUGGGACAUGGAAAGGUGUAGGGGUGCACACUAAGUCACAAUUUGAUGCAUGUUGUGGGAUAAUUGUUUUUACCUGCUUGCUUUUUGAAACCCACCAUCUUCCUCCAAACUGAUCUGAAGUAAUCAUCAGUUAUUUCUAAUGUCUUUAAUAAAAACAACAUAUUUUAA